GCUGUCUUCUCCUCAUACAUGACUUCACGAUUAGCCACACUCAAGUUGUCUCAUUUCAAUUCCACCGAACAUCAUCCGCGCACACUACCGGCUUUCGGACAUGACGGAAAGCUCGCCGAACAAACUGAUCGGGGACGGCUGUUAUCGGACCUCCAACGGGAAGCAAAUGACUAAAAAUGGCUUCGUGAAGACCCACUGUCUCUUCCAACAACCCCCGAAGAAGUAUCGUCGCCCCGGGGACAAGAACCAGAAUGUCCUGUACAACACCAGCCUGUACAAGAGACCGUUUGUGGAGUCGUUCGAGGAGACGCCCCUACUGGUGGCCGUGCUCACCUACAUGGGCUACGGCAUCCUCACCGUGUUCGGAUACCUGCGAGACUUCCUCCGCCACUGGAACAUCGAGAAGUGUCACGUGGCCCGGGAGAGGGACGAGCAGAAGGAUUUCGUUCCUCUGUACCAGGACUUUGAGAACUUCUACACUCGGAACUUGUACAUGAGGAUCAGAGACAACUGGAACCGGCCCAUCUGCAGCGUCCCUGGAGCCAAGAUGGACCUGAUGCACCGAGUGUCCCCAGACUACAACUGGACCUUUGAGCACACGGGGAAAGUGGUGAAGGAUGUCAUCAACAUGGCCUCCUACAACUACCUGGGCUUCGCUGAGAGAACUGGAGCCUGCGCUGAGUCCGCCCUGGAGACCACCCACAAGUACGGGGUCGGAGUGGGCAGCACCAGAUGUGAGCUGGGAAACCUGGACAUCCACGAGGAGAUGGAGCAGCUGGUUGCCCGGUUCCUUGGCGUGGAGUCAGCCAUGGCGUUUGGCAUGGGCUUCGCUACAAAUUCCAUGAACAUUCCUGCGCUAACGGGGAAGGGCUGUCUCAUUCUGAGUGAUGAGUUGAACCAUGCGUCUCUGGUUCUGGGGGCGCGUCUGUCUGGGUCCACUAUCCGGGUCUUCAAACACAACAAUAUGCAGAGUCUGGAGAAGCUGCUGAGAGAUGCCAUUGUUCACGGACAGCCCAGAACACAUCGCCCCUGGAAGAAAAUCCUGAUUGUGGUUGAGGGCAUUUACAGUAUGGAGGGCUCUAUUGUGCGUCUGCCUGAGAUCAUCGCCCUGAAGAAGCGUUAUACGUACCUGUACCUGGACGAGGCUCACAGCAUCGGGGCCCUGGGACCCCGUGGCCGGGGAGUGGUGGACUACUUCGGAUUAGACCCCAGAGACGUGGACAUCAUGAUGGGCACAUUUACUAAGAGUUUUGGGGCAGCUGGAGGGUACAUCGGGGGCAAAAAGGAGCUGAUUGACUACUUGAGGAUACAGUCCCACAGUGCGCUGUAUGCCACCUCAAUGUCGCCCCCUGUGGCUCAGCAGAUCAUUACAUCUAUGAAGAUCAUCAUGGGGGAGGACGGGACACAGCUCGGUGCAGAGCGUCUGAGGCAGCUUUCAGAAAACACCACCUACUUCCGCCAGAGACUCCGGGACAUGGGCUUCAUCAUCUACGGCAACAACGACUCGCCCGUGGUCCCCCUCAUGCUCUACAUGCCCGCCAAGAUCGGGGCUUUCGGGCGGGAGAUGGUCAAGAGGAACAUCGGCACGGUGGUGGUGGGCUUUCCGGCCACGCCCAUCAUCGAGUCCAGGGCACGCUUCUGUAUCUCCGCCGCCCACACCAGAGACAUGCUGGACACGGCGCUGGCGGCCAUCAGUGAAGUGGGCGACCUGCUUCAGCUGAAGUACUCCCGCUGCGAGCAGCCCCUGCCCUCCCUGAGCUGGGCGUCUGACGAGAGUCUGCUCCAGGACUGAGCUAUGUGUCUCUGUCCUCGCCCUGUGCCUCCUCCUGAGUCCAUCUACUGAACCUGAGACUGAACCUUCUCACCAGAGCCCACAUCUCCUGCCCUGAUCAUCUCUCCUGCCCCGAUAAUCUCUCCUGCCCCGAUCAUCUCUCCUGCCCCCGUAACCACCUCUCCUGCCCCCGUAACCAUCUCUCCUACCCCUAUAACUAUCUCUCCUGGUCCCAUAACCAUCUCUCCUGCCCCAAUGACCUCUCCUGCUCCCAUCUUUGCCCCAAUCACAUCUCCUGCCCUGACCACCUCUCCUACCCUCAUCUCCUGGCCCAUCACCUCUCUUCAUCACCUCUCCUCAUCACCCCUCCUGCCCCGAUUACCCCUCCUGCCCCCAUUAAAUAACCAAAGUCUUCAUCACUGAUCCGACCAGGAGCAGAAGCAGCUCCUCUCCCUCACGUCUCAUCUGCUCGGUUUGUCCUGGCUGUCUCCGAAUGCAUCGCUCCAGUGUGUGCACAUCUAAUGUAUGUCUAAAUAAUGUGCAAUAAGAAUAUUUUUCUAUAUUUAAAAAUGAAAAUAAUGAUUGCCUUGGCUUCAUAGAAUAAAUAUGUAAGUAUGUAAAAAAAAAAGAAAAAGUCUAAGGUCUAACCAGUGAGACGCUUUGGUGCACACAGGGAGAAGGCAGCGUAUGUACAUAUAACUUAUUGCUGUUGGUGGGAAGUCUACCUGACGACAGCAGCCCUAACCUCAAAAGAGAUCUACCGAAGUCUAUCUACAGAAGUAACCUGAGCACACACUGUAUUUAUCCAAUGCUUUUUCCUAAAUACUUUUACUUGAACAGAAAAAAGUCAAUAUUUGGUGAAUCCUCUGACCAAAGGAUGUAAAUGAAUAGCUCUAUUUUAUACCUUACCGUUCAAAUGCAAAGCAGAUGUUCUAAAGGAUAAAACGUUAACAGGGGAAAAGAUCCUGGGGAGCAAGGCUAAGGAAUAUUUUUUACUGCUAGUUUUCUAUAAAAAUGAAAUCGGCCUUAUUUACUGUUUACACCUGCAGUCGACAUAAACGUGAGCCCGGCGUCUGUAACAUUUCUUUAAGCUAACAAGCUACAUGUGUGAUUUGUUUUUUUCUCACUAAAUCACAUUGUUUGUGAAUGAGCGUUGCCAUGGCGCACUGUAAUGUAAAGUCUGUACGCAUGACGAUGGCACCAUCUGAAGUACGGACCAUAGUUUUAUUUAUUGAAGUCUUAAUAAGAUUUUUCGCUCGACAUUGAACUGUUCCACAAAAGGCAGCUGAAGUGUCCCUUGUAUGUUCGAAGUCUUCACUCGGUGCAUAAACUACUGACGAGCAUUGUAAAGCAGAGGUGGAGGUGGGAGGUGUUUCUACUGCACACAUUUCACUCUUGAUACUUUGCAGCUGAUUUCCUUGGCGGUGUGAAGCUAUCUGUAGGCACUGCUCUGUCUGAGGCUUGUAAGAGUUGAAUCAGAGCUUCGUUUAAACACAAUCUAACAGAAAAAAGUGACUUAGCUGGACAGUUUUUCAGUUAGUGACCAAAUCCUUUUUUUUUUUUUUUUUCUACCUUCAAACUUUUUUCUCUGUGGUCAUUGUGUCACCAUGGUAAGUAGUCCAAUGAGAUUCAUUUGAUCUUCCGACAUUUUAUGUUAUUAGGUUCUUUUUCAGACCUAGAGUUUUGUUUCAUACCUGACAGUUUUAACUGCUCACUAGCGAGCCCACAGGAUGAUAAACCAGGACGAGGGGGCUUUUUUACUCACACACCUGGGAUACUGUCCUGAGGAAGUCAGACUGCAGAUGGUGCUGUCAUCCUGCCUCCACCGGGAGGAAGACAGCACCAAAACCUGUAUAAAUCAGCUGACUGGACACGUCACAGCAACAUCACGUGACUCUGAGGAAGAACACUAGUGGGCAGUCAAAACUGUCAGGUAUGAAACAAAACUGUAGGUCUGAAAAAAGAACCUAAUAACAUAACACACCAUGGUAACUGUUGAACAUUCUGCCAAUAGACAUAUUUGUAGAACACCCCCAGCGCGAUGUCACUGCAAAGUAUCAGUUAUAAUUUUGUCCAUGUUUUUUUUUUCCUUUUUUUUUUUUUUACUUGAUUGUACAAUAUACAUGAAAAGGAGUAUGUGGGAAGAGAUACAAAGUAAAUGUCAAACUGUCCAAGUCCAGAAUCGUGGCUGCGGCGCAUAUGUGCAGCAGCUCCACCACUGAGCCACACAACAACACCACACUAGUGUUAAAUGUGAAGGUUAUAAGUGCAAACUACUCUCUCUUUACCUUAUGGCCUGACAGCUAUAGGGAUGUCAACACUGUUACAUUGUGAUGGUUCAGGUCACAAUAUAAUAGUGAGAGCUAAAAAGUAGAAUAAACUUGACCAUUUUAGGAACAAAAGGAAAAAAAUGGAGAAUAGAAGAACAGAAAAGAAUAGAAGAGUACUUUACUCUAACUUUACUCUGGAUUAAAGUCUCUAUGACAGGUCAAACCGCUCAAACAUUUUUACUAAAACACAGUUACGAUGUAUAACUAAAAAUAUCAAUCUUUUUCUCGCUGGGCCAAAGCUCCUCUAAUGUGCACUUGUGACUUGUGACAUCCACACUUGUACCCAUAAGGCCUUGGUUUCAUGGGUAGUUUUGCACCACAGUUACAAAUACCUCCUUGUACUUAAAGGGCCCGUUAUACGCAGUUUUCUGAUCUCUGCUCUAAUGUCGUUUCCUCAUCACAAACAGACCUGGAGCUGUGUUUUGUUUCAUCACACAUGUUUGAGUCAAUCUUUAUUAUAAGUCUGUCCAGGUGUGUUUUUGAGGAGAUAACAACAUUAGAACUUGACUUAAAGCUCACAACACAAGAGUCACUUUUGCGUCAUAUGGGACCUUUAAUCCGCCACAUGCUACUGACCACUUUCCAACAACUUCCACCUCUGUUGAAUCGCAUAUGCCCAGAUGAAGUAGUAGCUGAUUUUUGCAUAUAUAAGACUGGCAUUCCACUGUACUUUUUUGUUGUUGUUGUUUAUUUAGUAUUACAAUGCCGUUUGUCUGACAUUGUGUGUAAAUACUGGCACUCAGAUCUCCCUCCAUCUGUUGAAAUCUUUUUGUGCGUGUGUAUUUUGUUUUUCUAAUUUACAGAUGUGAAAUAGAGGCCUGGACAGUCUAUGGCUCUAAAUAUGAUCAUUCCUUUAUUAUUAAUGUGCAUAAGUUAAAUAGACCCAAGACCAUCUGAUGUUACGUUUUAUCACUGUUUUGUUUAAGUCCUUUAUAUUAUAUUAUUUUAUUUUUGAAUCUUUCCAUGGUAUAUUUUUUUAUUAUCAUUAUAUACAUGAGAAAAUGCUCAGUGAUAUAUUUGACACAGUAAAUUUCUUUGUACUUUGACGAUAUUUUCCAUCACAUUUUGUACAUCUGUGACAUCAGAUAUUCAGUGAGGGCAAAAAUGUAUUUGAAAACAGUUCAAAUACAGAUUACUGAAACUUUGACACUUGAAGAUGAAUUAGUUGCUUUUGCUAUUUAAGUUGUAUUAGAAGACACUGAGAACUUUAAGCCAUGAUGUUGGAAACGGUCCUGUAUUAAAAAACUUCUUUCUACCACAAA